CCUCUCUUGCCUCAAUUCAUCUCGAUUCACUACACACAACCCCCAAACCCCCCUCUUCUUGUCCUCUCACCCUAUCAUUCAUCUCGUUGCCUCUGGGGGAUCCACUACUAACUCGAGCUGACUCACGAACUUGAUUAUUACACUGUUGGGAGCCUGGCAGGCAGUAUGUUAAUGCUCGCUUACUUCUAUUGAACCAUAUUCCUACAUCAUCAUCAAAUCAUCACCACCAUCGACAAUUGAUCGACAUCUCAAUAGAAGAUAUCGACAGUACCAAACAUUACGCGCUUUCAUAUCAGAGACAGCAGCAAUAACAUACUGCCGGGCCUACAUCCAAAGUCCCACCAUGUCUCCCAGCAUCAAGUUCGAGCUCUCCCCCGCGGAGUCGCUGAUCGAGCAGUUCGAGGGCUCCUCCCCGAAUGAAUCCUACCCCUCCCUCUUCGAUGGCAUGAACCCAUCCGAGAUCGACGGCUCAGAGUACGACUACGCCGACUACGAGCGCUUCGAGACCCAGACAGACAAUGACAGCGUCACAGCUGCCGCCAACGGGGGCGACCAGACACAACCAGAGAAGAAGGUCGUCAAGAAGCGCAAGUCGUGGGGCCAACAACUCCCAGAGCCAAAGACCAACCUCCCUCCAAGGAAACGUGCCAAGACAGAAGACGAAAAGGAGCAACGCCGCGUCGAGCGCGUCCUCCGUAACCGCCGCGCCGCACAAUCAUCACGCGAGCGCAAGCGUCAAGAAGUCGAGGCUCUCGAGUCGGAGAAGGUAGCCAUCGAGCGCCGAAACCGCGACCUCGAGCUCCGCCUAGCGGAAGCCGAGGCGCGGAACCUGGCGCUUGAGCAGCAACUCCUCCGCCUCUCCUCGACAUCACCAUACCUCUCUUCUCCCUCCCAAAAGGCCGUGGAUGCGUCAUCAUCACCCCAGGUCACAUUCUCGCAGCCACUCUUCCCCUCUGGCGACUCGGCGCCAUUCACCAACCAACAACCCCAGACCGUCAACCCCGCCUCCCUCUCCCCUUCCAUCCGCCCCGUCUCCUCCACAGGAGCCGAGUCGUCUAACGCCCGCGCCCCCGACGUGACACAACACUCUGCCGCGGUGUUGUGGGACCUGCAGUGUCCGUCGGCGGCGCAUCGGCCCUGGACGCCCCUCGCGCUCUUACCAACCCUGAUCUCUCUCACUACUACUCUUAUGCUCCCUCCUCGCCCUCGCAGUCCUCGCUCUUCGACGACAUCCUCCCCGUCGCCGACAGCUUCGCUCUGGACCUCGCUCAUCUCGACGCUUCUCAAGCCCACCCCUCGCUCGCCAACAUCAACGUCAACAACAGCCACGGCAACGCCGACAUCUUCCCCGACUUCCACCUCGACGACUUCCUCGUCGCCCACCACGACGCCUUCGACAACUCGCCCUCGUUCUUCCCUGAGGAGUGCGCACCUGCGACGACUGCUGGCCUGCAGCCCCCAUUUGGCGCGUCCACUGAUGGAUGCGACGAUGGGCGCAAUGCGGUCACUGUCUGAGCGGCGUCUGGCUCCCCGGGUUAGUACUGACGGCGUAGUUGAAGAGGGCCCGUCGAUGGAGGCGCUGGCGGGGUUGUUGUGGGCCACGCGCUGUUAUGCGCGGGAUGGCGGGAAGGUUAGGCGGAGAUCGUCGGUUCAGUCGCGCGUAGGCGGGUCGAGUCGGGUUGCGUUAUAGGUCUGCCUGUCUUUUUAUCAAGCAAGGGAGUGGGAGUGUGAAAUGAGAGAACGAUUACGAGUUUCCUAAAGGGUUUAUUUGGGUGGGAUUGGGAUGGGAUGGGAUUACGGUGCAUCAUGGAGCGAUGGGGGUGGCUGGAUAGGCCAUCCUUCUUUGAUUAUUGGGAUUUAUUUUAACGGGGAGGUGGAUGGAUGGAUGUACUCGUAUCGAUAUGUGUACGUGUAGUAAGCACCAUCAUUUUAAGAAUGGAUGGAUGGGGAUGGGGAUGCAAAAGGAAUAAAAUGCGAGAGCAAUUUCUACC